CAACGACAAGAAAAAGUCUGGUCAAGUCCCUCGCGCGUUCUUGAAGUGCUUUGAAGCUCGUUCCCAGUUGCGUAUAUCACGUCACCUUUUAUUUUUUUCUUAAAUCUCAUUUUUAAAAAGGCAUAUUUGCCAGCAAUUGGAAGGGCUUCGUAUCUCCUGACUGGCUGUCCAACGAUCUGUUGCGACCAUGAAACUGGGACCUGCGACUUUUAUUUGUUUCUUUAGUUUAAUGUGGUUGACAGAAUGUGCGCCGCUAACAUGCUACUCCAGAGUGCUCGGAUUGAGCAAAGAAAUAAUGGACCUACUGGAUAAAGUACACAAUUACCAUCGCACGAAAACCUGCGUUGAGAUUCUACCCAAGAUGUUCAUAGAUGUGCACAAUUCCUGCCUCAUGCCCAGGCUCCGAGAUUUCCUCUACGUUGUGGAAAACCUUCCUACCCAGUACUGCAAAGAACGCCCCAGAAUUGUUCUAUUAAAGCGGAAAGUCCGGAACUUGUACGCUAUCAUCAGCAAAGUCUGUCAUCGGGACCUUGUGUACUUUACAGAUGACUGUGAGGCAAUCGAUACUGGACACAGUGUCCCACGCUAUGGAGAAGACAGGCUGCAGCUUCUGGAGGAGAGAUGAGCAGAUGGCACGAAUACGGCACAUAAACAUACAAAUGUCAGUGUAGCUUGUCAGUCAGUGUAUGUAGUGUAUGUCAGUGUAUGUAGACUAUACCCUUUCAUGGAAAUAUCCUGCUAUGUUAAGAAAUACCAAGCGACCACAAGUUACUGGUCAAGUUGCAACGUAUGUAGACGGUAAUGUGGUUAUUCAGCCGAGUUGUGGAGAAACUUCACAGGAAAUUACCUGAAUACCAAUCAUUCCGAUAAAAGGCUUACAAUAAUAAACCAAUAACAAAUGUUUGUGAAACUCACUUGUGGGUCAGUUUUUCACCACAAGUCUGCAUGCCUCACUUAUGUUUCUGUAACCUUUGGCAUGACUGAGCGGGUUUAAAAAAAAAGUUAGGUAGUUUGGUGAUAAAUUUGGGUAAAAACUGCAAAAAGGCCCACUUUUGAAACCCCCCUCCUCCUUCCCCCUUCCACUAGGCUGCCUACGGGCCUGCAUUAGUUAUAUGGAAUGCUGUGCUUGGGCAAAGUAAACAUGCAUGUAGGCCAUGUCCGUCAAAGACUUAUGUUUUACAAUAUUAAUAGAUAUGGAAUUAUCUAGCCCGCACGAUGUUCACUGUAUAUUCAUUGUUGAUUACAUUUAUGCUUAAUCACAUAGACCUAGAUUAUAAUAGGCUAUAUUGUUACAUUAGCCUACAAUUUUUUAAUCUUCAGUUAGGCUAGCUUGUUUAAUAAAGCCUACUUUGAUAAAGCAGGGGCGGUUCUACACGGGGGCCCUGUAAAAAAGUCCCUGGCCCCCUCUGUGGCCCCCCUGAGCUGACUGAAUAUAUAUAUUAUUUUUUAAAGCGUCUGCUAAAUGAAUAAAUGUAAAUUUAUAGCAAACACCUCUUAGGCAGAACUGUACAUGUGUGGGGCUGUUUUGGCAGCCCCUUUGACACUGGUCACCCAGACACUCGUCUGGGACAGUCGUUGAUUUACAUGAAUGCUAAAAUGACAAUCACACCGUAAUGACCACCUAUGGAAAGGUGGUCUCAACAGUUGAAGAGGAAGGUUGACCGAGGAAUACUCUGAAAUUAUCAUUAAAAGUUGUGUUCUUGUAAAUAUAGUUCUAAACAGCUUUUAAUGUCAUGUUUGAUAUGAUUUUGGUUUCUUAUUUUACGUAUUACAUUCUAGUAAUAAUUUUAAUGCUGUAACAUGUACAGGGUUUACAGAGUUUGUGCUUGCAGCAGACCAACAUGUGCUUAACAUAUUCCCUUGUCUUGCAAGGGCACCAUUUGGUCUACUGCAGCCUUGAUUAAUGAUCCAAUUUGAAUUUGUAUGCGUCAGACAACUUUUCUGUCAUAUGGCCGGUGUCCCCAUUUUAGUCAGGUUUGGGUGUAUAUAGGAAGAAGUUUUUACCAAUCACUUUGAGUUCUGUUUACGAUACAGCUCUAACGCACCGGAGCUGUAUCGUAAACAGAACUCAAAGUGAUUGGUAAAAACUUCUUCCUAUAUACACCCAAACCUGACUAAAAUGGGGACACCGGCCAUAUGACAGAAAAGUUGUCUGACGCAUACAAAUUCAAAUUGGAUCAUUAAUCAAAGUGCCUAGUCAAUCAAUCAAUCAAACUUUAUUGUCGCAUACACCAAAUUGCUUCAGUGCAGCGAAAUUCUUAAGACUUGGCCAGCAACAUCUGCGCAGUAGACAGUAGAUAUAAAUAACAAAGUAACAUAGUAACAUAUACCAAAAAUAGCAUUUAACACUAUAACAUCAAGUAACAACAAUACAAGAGCUAGCAGCAGUUUAAAAUGUGAAGAAAUUAGGAAUAUAAAAUUAAGUUAAAAAUAAAAAAUUGUGCAAAUAUAUGUAGGAAGUGUGGUUGUCUUCAUUGUGAAUACCUUUGUUAACCAUUGCUCUGAAGGUAUGUUUUGUAUUUGAUGAUAUUUCAUUAUCAUUGUAUUGAUUAUCUUACUAUUUCGAUAAUAAACUAUUAUUGUGCAUUUUAA